AUGAUCUCUAACCAUAUACAAGAAUAUUCCCCAUGUUGUGGAUUUCCCAGAGAGACAUUCCAGAAAUACUGUGGAGCUAUGAAGCAAUUGGGAAUGAAACUGAUAGAGCUAUUGGCAAUGAGCUUAGGCGUGGAUCGGUUGCAUUAUAGGGACUUGUUUGAAGAAGGGUGCUCUAUCAUGAGAUGCAACAAUUACCCAUCUUGCCAACAACCGAGCCUCACACUCGGGACAGGACCACACUGUGAUCCAACGUCGUUAACCAUACUUCACCAAGAUCAUGUUGGAGGCCUUCAUGUAUUUGCAGACAACAAAUGGCAGACGGUUCCUCCUCGUCUGGAUGCAUUUGUAGUGAACAUUGGAGACACCUUCACGGCAUUAUCGAAUGGGAGAUACAAAAGUUGCCUCCAUAGGGCAGUGGUGAACAAGUACAAGGAGAGGAAGUCCUUGGCGUUCUUUCUAUGCCCAAAAGAAGACAAGUUGGUGAGAGCCCCAAAUGAUAUUGUGAGCAUGGAUGGCACCAAACACUAUCCCGAUUUUACAUGGUCACAUUUGCUUCACUUCACGCAAAACCACUAUAGAGCAGACCAAGCUACACUACCAAACUUCACCAAGUGGUUGUUAUCCUCCAAAACCACACACACUAGCUAGCCUGCUUUUAUGCAAACCAACUAAUAAAUUUGGUUGUUCUAUUUUUUUUUUAUAUGUAUUA